AUUUGAUCCCCGCACAGGUAUUCACUUUAGCUGAACAACAACUUCUACUUCUUGCAAAGAUUAAUUUCUAUUCCUCCUUGAUAACGCCAAAAUGCUCGAAGCCGACCUGUGCUGGCCUCUGUGGGGGGAGAGCUCGGUGGAUGGCGCCUUCGAACUCGACGCACAGGAAGACGAUCUAGCCCAAGCAGUUGUCACCAAAGUCGAGCGUCCUUUUCUCUUUGGUUACCGGCCAGCCAAACCCAAUGGACGGGGAGUGCUAAUUCUCGGAGGCGGUGGCUAUGUUCAGCUCAUGGUUGGUCGGGAAGGCAUCGCAGCUGCGAAAUGGCUAACCAGCCUUGGGUUCUAUGCCUUCGUUCUGGUCCACCGGUUUCCAACCGCAACAACUGGUGCCGAGGCGCCUUUAAAUGAUGCCAGACGCGCGUUCAAGUUGAUGGCGGAAUCCGGGCUCAUCCCGGAGGGACAAGGCAUCUGCGGCCUCUCUUCCGGUGGUCAUCUCGGAGCUGCGCUUUUGGCCCAAUAUCCUAGCGCAUGGACAUCGCCUGAUCCGGAUGUCCCUCCAGCUCAAUUUGCUAUUAUAGGAUAUGGACCAAUCUCGACAAAUGCGGCUGGCCGUACUAUCGUUGCGAAUAAGCCACCCCUUCUGCCUCUGGAGAAGCAAGCUCUAUACGACUCAUUACAGCCAGAUGUCCAGCUCAGUGCUCCCGCACCACCUACUUUCAUUGUUUAUUCUAAUAAUGACCCGGUCGUCCCUGUUGUAAACGCCUAUCGUCUGGCCGAUGGCAUUGCCAAAAGUGGAGGAUCUGUUGAGCUUCAUGUCUUUGCCGAUGCGCCUCAUGGCUUCGCCUUCGAUACGGAGAAUCUCCCUGUUUCUAACUGGUCGUCAAUGUGUGAAGCAUGGCUGAGACAACAUAGUUGGAUAGAAUAGGGUUUCUUUUGAUAUACAGCUCCUCGGGGCCUUUUGGUAAUGACUCGGGGAAGGGCUUUGAGACAAGGAAAUCAAAGAAGACGGAGAGUUCAUGUCUGAGGGUUCAUA